UGAAUAUUUCUAUUUUUGUGUUGGAUAAAGGUGCUGUGUUUUGUAAAGCUGAUUUUGUAUUGGGAGUUUUGCACCAAAGUUUGUCACAUUGUGUUUAUAUUUUUAGUCCUAUUUUGUAAACCAAAAAAAAUUGGGUAUCUGAUAUUAUAAAAAUAUGUGUGUGAAUUCUGAACUAUUAUACUGGAAGUAUCAUAGUAGAAUGUAUAUACUUGAUUUUUGGUGGCCACCAUAUGACACCAAUGCAACAGGCAAACAAUGGCUGAGAAACGUGCCUUUUUAAGCACACAGAUCUUUUUACCAUGUUGGGGCAUGGGUCACUAAUGAAUUAAUAACAGCCAUCAGAGAAAAAGAUUUCUUAAAUUAACAAAGAAGUUUCAAGCAUAAAAGAAUUCAAAUGAAAGGACUAUAAUGAAUUUUUGCAGAACUUUAAGAAACGGUUUAAUAAAAUUUAAUAAAAUAAAACCUAAAACACUCUGUAGUAUUCCAGUUUUAAAUCUAAUUCUAGUACAUUGUAAUUUUUCAUGUAAAAAAUGCACAAAGAUUUAAGGGACUAAAUUUUGGUAAUUAAAAGGUUUUCUGGGAAAGUUUUUAUGUAUAUAGAUUAAUAAACUAAAUUAAAUCAAAAAUUAAAUUAAAAUACUAAAGUGAGAAUGCACAAAGACAAACCAUUGUUAAAUAAUAUUUGGGAACAGUUUUUUUAAGAAUCUCUUUGGGUUAGGGUUUAAGAAUUAAAGAAUUUUCUCAAAAGAGAAAACUGUGAUGUUAAUGUUUAAUUCAAAUUUUAGUCUACAAAGCAAACUGCUAUGGACAAACCGUUUACAGAACAAUCAAAUCAUGUUUCUAAAAACAUAGACAUUUGUUCUUCCGAAGAGAUCUUAGACAUUUUCAAAACCGUCGACCUUGGCAUGUUUGCAGCAGAAGUGAGUUCAUACCCUGGACUGCUAAACGAACUUGUAUUAUCAAAAAUGUACACACUGUUUAACAAAAUGGUUGAGUUGCAAAACAAACGCAGUGCUGGUAAAAAUUGCAAAGUCGUCGUUUCUGGGUGUGGCACUUCAGGUCGUAUUGGUUUUCUGAUCAGUACAAUUUAUGAUGAGUUACUUUCAACGCAAGGUAUGUUUGACUUCUGCAUGGCAGGAGGUGUUGAAGCAUUGUUUUCUUCUGUAGAAGCACCUGAAGAUAAUCCAGAUUAUGGUAUGCAGGAUUUAGUUGGUGUGAUAAAUGGUCAUGAGGCGAUAUUUAUAGGCAUAUCGUGUGGUUUAUCUGCUCCAUACGUGGCUGGUCAGCUGCAUCAUUGCUUGACAUCGACCAAUAGCGUCCUACCUGUUAUCAUUGGGUUCAACCCUGUUCAUCUGGCGAGAGAUAAAAGUCUUCAGCAAGACCAGACUGAUACAUUUAAAAGCAUCCUGCAACGAAUGUUGCAUGAAAAUGGUAUCGUUUUGAAUCCUGUGAUUGGAUCAGAAGUAAUUACUGGUUCGUCACGUCUAAAAGGUGGCACUGCGGCAUAUAUCAUUCUGAAUAGCGUCAUAUUCGCCUCGCUUUCUCGUAACGUAUUUAACCGAACGCUUCGUAUCGAAACAGUCAUCGAAAUGCAGCGCAGGUGUAUCGAGACAACGUACAGCAACUUGAAAAUGUCGUUACCGGCGUUGAUUACGAUGUGUGGUGAUUCAAUCCGUGAAGGAGGGAGUGUUUACUAUUUAGGUCUCGAUUAUCUUGGACUCGUUGGGUUGUUUGAUGCCGCUGAAUGCGUGCCCACAUUUGGAUGUAACCAAAACGAUUUUCGAGCCUUAAUCACUACCAAAGAUUCGUUUCGCUUUCUAAAGACCCCGAAUCCAAGUGUGAAUUUGGGGAUAACUUUGGAGGAUUUUGUGCUUGAGUUUAAGGAUAAAAUGAAAAUAACAGAUACUGUUAUAUUUUUGAAGUCCUUCCAAACCAGACCAUCUUGUCCCAAUGGUCUACUAACGCUAAUUAAAUCGACACGUUCUAAUGUUGCUCUUAUACAGAUAGGAGUAAAUGUAAUCGAAGAUAACCCGCUUAAUUUCUCGUUAACCGCAUGUAUCGAGCUAAACCGGGAUUCCGUUUUAAACACCUUGAGUGAGUGCGAUUAUAAAAGCACGCGUGGAGAAGACACGAGUAAUUUUUGCAAAACUUUGGAGACUAUUUUAAGUGUUUUAGCGACGAAAAUCGUUUUAAAUGCAACAAGUACAGGAUCCUUUGUAUUGGCUGGCAAAGUGUAUGAGAAUCUUAUGAUCGAUAUAAAGCUUUCGAAUUCGAAGCUAUUUGAAAGAGGUUUGCGCAUGCUGCAAGAAAUUUGUCAUACCGAUAAAAAUGCUUGUGAAGAAAAUAUAUUAAAGGCUAUAUACAGAGUUGAUGCAAUAACACGCGAUAUAAAAUCGAAAACAAUCGAUGAACACGUAGAAUAUGCUCGAAGUAUCGAUAGAGUUAUUCCGAUCGCUGUAAUAAUGACAUCGCUUGGGUGUGUCGUGAAGAAAGCGGAGGAAAUAUUGAACCGUUCUCAAAACGUAAGAACGUGCGUAAAUUCGGUUUUAAAAAAAUGACAAGUUUUAAUCUGACAAAUUGCACUUUCGCAAUAUUUAUUGUGUACUGGCCUUUCCCUCCCACGCUUGUGAAUACAAUACGAAAAAACUGGUCGCUAUUUCUGUGUCUUUGUGAUAAUUUGUGCACGUGAACACGUCGUGCUAACAGCGUAAAAGCUCCUGCUUUUCCCUGAUUGGUUGGAAUCUAACAAAGCUUUUUUUUUAUGAUUUGGACUUUAAUCCGUCUGAGAAAUAUUUCCGUUGUUAAAAUUUUAAGCGAAGUUAACCCAUCACCUAGCAAUAUUUUCUUUCUUUAAGAGGUUUUAUUAAUGUGAACAAAUGAAUUAUUCAUCAAUAUUCUGUUAUCCUUUUCUUUGCAGGAAUUGUCGGUUAUGCCUGCCGUGAUAUCAUGGAAACUGAAAACCGAAUUAUUACCUACGAAAUAUAAACUAAAUUAUU